UUUGGUAUGGACCGAGGGAGAAGAGGCAGUGAGAAAGGUGGGAGGGAGCGCAGCAUCUCUCUCGGCCGACUUUUCCGGUUCAGUGCGAGGAUGGACCGGCGUGACGACGCCGGACGCGUCGUCGUGUGCCGUCGACGGCUGCAUCGGGAAUCGUUAGGGGGUGACUAACAGGACCACAGGGCCCCGUAAUCGGGUCGAGCAACCAUGUGACGCCGCGACACUUCGAUCCUCCGGGCAAAUCACAAAAGUCUUCCAUUAGCGUUUAAUCCGUGGCAGCUGCUGCUACUUACUCCACGUUAGAUCGUCCCUAAGCACUAAGUUAAAGCAUAACGGGCUGUAGAGAUUUAAGUCUAGAGUUUUAACGUCACGUUACACGGGAGCAAGACGACGCAAGGUGCUCGUUGUCAAGACAUACGGAAGAUAUUGAGGAGCGAAGAAGACGAAGAAAAAAAUUAAAUUCGUGAGCGAGAGAGAAGACUGCCGGAAGAAACGCGCGAACAGUUAGCAAGUGUGAUAUAAAGAAUGUUUUAGUAAGAAAGAAGAAUCGAUCAUUUGAUGACGAUAGCAUGAUGAAGGUAUCGCACACGCGUCUUCCUUUCGCGAGCGUAAGUUCCGUCUCGUAAAAGAUAUCUCUCUCGGAGAGAAUCCACGUUUAAGAAGAGAUCCGAGGAACGACGAGAGAGAGAGAAGAGAGAUUCUUUUUCUACAAAAUCCAUGUGUCUCCAAGUCGUCGACGACGACAAAUCGAUUUUACGUCGCUGAGAAAAGUGUCUUCCACGAGCGGGGAGCGACAAUAAUAGUGUGCCUGAUCUGAAGUCUUCCUGAACUAACUCCUGCGUUAGAGUGUAUAAUAUACAGCAACUUCGCCGAUAUACACGAUAUAUAUAUAUAUAUAUAAUAUUCCUAUAUAUUCUUCCAUGAUCGUAUCGAAAAAUAAGGAAGAAAGGUUCAAGACGACCUGAAGCGUCGAAGUAUAAUAAUCUCAUCGUAAGAUUACAUAUAGGUAACACAUAAUAUCGUUCGUUAUUAUUCCUCUCACACAUAAUCAUACAUAUACACAAUAUAUUGUUAUUCCCUCGAUGACGAUAAAGAAUUAUAAGAAUAAUAAUAAGCGAUAGACGAGAACGCGAUGAGGGGAUAAGAAACGAGAAGGAGAAUGCAGGCGUAAAGAACGACAAGCAACAUUUGGAUACGAGAUGACGAGGGUCGCUUGAGAGACGAAAAGAAAGCGAGAGUCGGAACUGCCAUUGUCAUCCUCGCUGGACGAUUGUUCGGGCUAGGAAAGCCGGAAUAGCGGAUACAAAAGGCGCGACCGAAGAGGGAGAGAGAGGACUAUUACGUUUCCAUGUCUAUGUACGAUCUAACCCUUGCCAUCCCUGUCUCUGUUCGCGGUGGGAUUAAGUGUGAGAAAGCUCUUUGCGCGACGUCGGCCGGCCGACGGGAGCUCCUUAAGUUCUUAAUUAGCAUACUAAUUACUUGGUCGUAGAUUAUUUAUCGGAUCACAUCGGAUUUUCCUUAUUUCGGUCGGUAGAACAAAUCGGCCACGAGAUCCACCAUCCUCGAUCUUGAAAUCUAAUGGACGAAUUCGAAUAAAAUUGCAACGACAAGGUGCAGUCCUUCCUGCUAUUAAGUUCUCGCCGAAGCCGAAUCACGGUGAAUCGCAGUGACGAUCAGCACGUGCCGCUGUGGAAAGUCACACAUUUAUAAUGAAUUCUAUAUUUAUCUCCGUAAUUAUAAGAAGACAAUUUUCGUAGGAUACUUGAGGUAUCACGAGUGAAGAUUUCGCGAGACUCGCUUCUGAAACCCGAGGAAAAGUUGUGACACGGAUUGCCCGUAAUCAGUCUGUAAUGAAAGACGAUAGAGAAAAACUGACGAUUGAAUCACAUGACACUUUAUUACCAGGAGGAAUUUUAAGAGCGAGAACUUUCGAGAGAUACGAGACAUAUGUAAAGAAGAUUUGUAAAAUUCGAGACAUCUGAACUCAAGGCCAUUCUACACUUUAUAGAGCACUUUACACGGUAAAAUUAGGACGACUAGACCUGGUAGAAUUUCUAAAAGACCGAAACUCGAGAAAAGGAAUCUCGGAAAGAACCAACGGUUAUCCCAAAGAAGAUUCGCCAACAGGGAGAACCGGCGCUUCCUGAUAGUCGUCGUUCUCGAGGAAUGACGAUGUCUACGACGGUGUCAGCGGCGAAACCCGCGCGCGGACGAGGUCCGGCCGACGGCCGGGCCUUCUUCGAGACUCUGUGGCGCGGCAACUUCCUGCUGGACCGGCAGAAGAUGCUGAAGCGGUCGCGCAAACGCAAGUUACACGCAGCGGCCAACUGCAAGAGGCAGCAACGAGCGCAGCAACAGCUGCAGAUGCGCCAGCAUUGUUGUUGCUGCCAGCGUAUUCAGCUACACCUGCUCGCCGGACGGCGAAGCAACGUGCGCUCCGUCGUCAGCGUCCGGGAGACGCACCAGAUCGCCGAAGCGCAGCAGGAGAAGAACGCGAAGCUGCGCGAGGCCUUCGGCAUAUCCGAGUUCUUCGUGGAGGGUAGCAGCCUAGACCCGGAGCGGCACGCGCGCGAGGCGGAGGCACGCGCCGCCGCCGCUGCCAGCAAGGUCUACGAGCUGGUGCGGACGCCGAGUCCGGCCGCCGCGCCGUCGUCGACGGACGCGGCCACCACCGUCGCCGGCGCCGCCUCUGCCGUCGCAUCUGGCGCCGAGAAGAAGAAACGCAAGCGGUCCGGUAGCGCCAGCGCCAAGAAGAAAAAGGCCAAGAAGCACAAGCGGGAAAGGUCGGAAUCCCCCAAGCCCGGUAAGAAGAAAGAAAAGUCCAAGAAGAAGAAGAAGGAGCGGAAGCACCGGAAGACCGAGGCCACAUCCUCCGACAGUGACUCCAGUGAGGAUUCCGACGACAGCAACUCGUCCGAGGCCGAGUCGAAGAAAAAGAAGAAGCGGAGAAAGAAGAAACUGAAAGUUGAAGGAAAAGACAAACAUGAGAAGAAGAAGACCUCGACUAAGCGGAAACGCCAGUCGUCCGAGAGCUCCACAGACAGCUCUAUCGAGAGACCGAAGAAGUCGAUGAAACACGAGAGAGCCGAGAAGGAGAAAGAGAAGGCUCCGAGAAACGAGAUGACCGAGAGCGCGAGCCGGGAGCAGCCGCCGGCCGUUCGAUCGGCGCGGUCGCCGGCGAAGUCGCGGGCGGACAGACAGUCUCGUAACAACGAGACGCCGCCGAUCAAGAUGAAGAAAGACUCACCGGUGAAGAGGAGCGGAACGGAGGGGCGGCGGGCGGACAAGUCGCCGCCGUCGGGCCACAAAAGUCCACCACGCCGGCACCGAUCGUCGUCCAGGGGCCGAGGCGCCGGAGGUGGGGGAAGAUCUCCCCGACGAUACUCGAGAUCACGACGCGUCAGUCCGUCUCCCCGGCGAAGGCGAUACUCGUCCAGGUCGCCUGGCGGCGGUCGCAGGCGCGGCAGACACUCCGUCGCAGCGUCCAGGAGCAGGAGCCGGUCCAGAUACGAUCGUUACGCGGGAUCCUCCCGGAGGAGACCGUCGCCCUCGUCGAGACGCAGGAGGUCUCAGUCGCGCGGCAGAUCGCGCUCGCCGGCCCGACGGGGCCAGCGGCGAGCGCGCUCGAGGUCCACACUCAGCUACUCACCCGUGAGAAAGAACCCGGAGCGUUACAAGGACAUCCUGGAGGAACAGAAGCGGCGGGAUCGCAAGAGCAGGAGGAGGACGAGCGGCCGGGCGAAGUCACGCUCCACGUCGAGGUCGAACAGACGCGGCGCACAGGUGGUCGCGCCUAGGGUGAGCUUGAGAUCGUCCAGCGAAGACGAGGCCGAUCUGGCGGACGACGAGUCCAAGCAGCAACAGCAAGAGGACGAGGAGCGGAUGAUGGAGCUGAACACGUUGAAGCGCCUGCAGAGCGGCCUGGCGGCUAAGGCGCGCGAGGCGCUGGAGAAGAAGUCGGUGGUCACUCCGGCGAAGAUCAAGAUGGAAAGAAGGGAGGACAACAGCGUGUUGGACAUCGCAUUGCCGAACGAGCCGCCGAAGGCCGGCAUUGUAGCCACGCCGUUGAGCGUAAUGAACGCCGCGUCGUCCGUCGUUCGUGACCGGUCCGAGUCGCGAGAACACCAAAUGAUGAUCCCGUCUCUGCAGACGGUGGCGCGGUCUCCGGUCUCCAGCAGAUCCCCGUCACCGGCGUUGCCCCUCACCCGGGAGGAAGCGGCGAUCAAGAUUAGGUCGCCGAGCGAGUCGCCGCCGAUGUUGCCGGCGCCCAGCCAGCAAGCCUUCGACAAGGUCAACGUGUCGCCGGUGACGAUGAAGAUGAAUCGUCGACCGUCGAGAUCGCCUCCGAGCAACGGAGGUAAGAAGGACUCGCCUGUCGCGUCGAGGAAAGACCCGUCAGCGAAGGCCGGCGAGCAGUCCUCCUCCUCUCGCUCACCCACGACGACGACGAUGAUGAUGUUGGCCCAGGUGACGAGCACUUCGCGCGACGAAGCGACGAUGAAACUGCGUUCGCCCAGCGAGUCGCCGCCGCCGUUGCCGCCGAGCACUUCGCUCGCAAGAUCGAAUCGGCGCUCGCGAUCCGCCAAUAGAGAGAACGUGUCGUACUCCAGAUCGGCGUCGAGGUCGUGCACGAGGUCACCGUCGAUAGGCAAGAGGUCUUCCAGGUCGCCGUCACCGCGGGACAAGAAGUCGCGGUCCCGCUCGCGCGGCAAGAAAUCGCCGACGCCGAUAAGACGACGGUCGUCCAGGUCGGCGUCACGGACGAAGAAGCUGUCGCCGAAGACACGGACGAAACGCUCGUCUCGAUCGAGAUCUUCCUCGGAGUCGAAACGCUCCACCGAGUCACGCUCACCUUCGCCCACAUGCGCCAAGAAGUCCGCCUCGCGUUCGCCGACCGCCAAAUUCCGCGCCGACAGCCGACACAGGUCACCGUCGAAGCGACGCUCGCGCAGCUGCUCCGUGUCGAAGAAGUCCCGGAGCAGGUCACUGUCCAAGAAGUCGCGCAGCCGUUCUUUGUCGAAGAAGUCCAAGAGCCGCUCGAGAUCGCCGUCGAGAGCCUCUAGGGAGAAGGACAAGCGUAGUCGCAGCAGGAGCAGCUCGCGUUCCUCCGCCAGCUCGAGACACAGUCGCAGGAGCUUCUCCAGCUCGUCAAGGUCGUCGAGCAGCGUCUCCAGCAGAUCCUCCCGCUCGACUUCCAGCAGCUCCGCCAGCAGCAGAUCACGUUCGCCGUCAAUACCGCGUCGUCACGGUUCGCCCAGCUUCCUCGACAGACGGCGUAUCACGAGCGCGAGGAAACGCCCGAUCCCGUAUCACCGACCAACUCCGACGCCACCCUCGUCGCCGAGCAGCUCUGAGAGCAGCAGACACAGCAACUGGUCGAGCCUGAGUCACCGGUCCAGCUGCUCCCCAAGCCGGAGUCCGUCUUACACGCGCUGAGAACGGGAGAGAGAGAAAGAGAGAGACAUGUCCUGUAUUCUAGGAGGUGUCUAGGAAUGAUUCAACGUUCCUUUCUUCAUACACAUACGCUUACACACACACGUUUGUUUAAUUAUUUAAAUGAGCAGAAACGCCAUUUCAAGCUCAGAGCGUAAGCUCGAUGCUCCUUACGUUCUUAUUUUCUCGAACGCAACGCGAUAUCAAAUAAUAAUAUAUUGGUAAAACUGCGAUGUGUUUAACACGGAUAAUAAUGAAAGAACGAUCACGUUUCAACGAUCUUGUCAAGAGAAUCUCGAUCGACCGAUCUGAUGAUUUACUUCAGAAUUCUCGUUCGAGCGCGGUGCAAUUUUGCGACCUUAUGAAUCGUGUUACCUCGUCUGAGAUACCAAAGAGCGUAUCGAAGCGAAGAGAAAAUUGAAUAUAUUUAUGUAGAUUUUAAUGUAUCAUACUCUCUCUCCCUCUCUUUCUCUCUUCACUCGAACUAUAGAUUCAUAAAAUGGUACAGUAACAUUUCGUCUAAUUCCUCUACGACUUCUUGCGAAGAAGUUUUCAUCUCAUUCAGAGCAUCGUUAAAGACUUAAAAAAAGCAUUGUGCAAAAUGAUUUUUUAAUAGAUAUUCUUCCCCUCUCUCUCUCUCUCUCUCUCUUUCUCUCUCUCUCUCUCUCUGCGUGUAGAAGCGAGAUUUUUCUAAAAAAAAUCGCAUCUAUCUGUGAAAUUUCACAGAAUUUCCGUUAGGUUGUUUUUAAAUUAUUGAUAGUACUUCGCUAACUUGUGCAAAUGUAAGCAAUAAGAGAGAAAAGAAGAAUCUAUUUAGACAUUCUUCUCUCGUCAGUCACUCGCUAUCGCAAUAUUCUGUUAUAAUCCAUAUCGAUAUCGUUUCGUUAAGUCGUAUUGCUUCUUUGCACGAUCGAGAGCCUGGCUUUCACAUCAUUCUAAGACACGAAAAUUUUUCAAUACAUAUUCGAGAAAAAUUAAAAACUUGAAGAAUAGAAUUUGCUUCGAGGAGCUUUAAGAUCAUAAAUUGUCAUGCGAAAAAGAAAAAAAUCGAGUAUCGCCAACUUGCUUUCCAUUUUCUCUUUUGCUUUUUCUUUUUUCUAUUAUAUGGGAGGGGAUAUUUUCCAGGUAUAAAAUAUAGUAAGAUAUAAAUACAGCGUGAGAUAGCUCAGAAUCGAGACGCUCUCAACCCUCCUGUGACCGAGAUUAAGAUUUCCGAAUGAUCAGAUGGCCUUAAAACAAUCAAAGAAGCAAAAGUUCAAACAUAUCAAUAUAAAGAGAUAGACAUGGCAUGGCAUGAAGUAGUUCUUUUUUUUUUUUUAACGAACGUACGAUCUAUUAUUUUUAAUAUAUGAAAUUUCUGAGAAUAAAGUUGGAUUGUGACUUUGCUCAGUCACAAGAAGGUUGAUUUACACAUAUUGCUUCGAAAUACCCUGGAACUCAGGUUCUCGAUUAUCCGUCGUGAAAAGAAGCACGCUAGUCAUAGUCACAUCUUUCAUUAUUUAUAACAAAACGACAUUCUUUGAACUGGUCGAACUUGGAACUCGUCAACGAAUCUCACGGAUUGAAUAGUAUAUCCAUAACUUUUCAGUGCAAUGUAUCUUGACUCGUUCUUUUUUGUACAUAGACGCAUUCCCUCAGAAAAUUCUGAAUUUUCUGAAGCGAAACAUUGAUUUUUCAACCCUUUGCGUAGUGCCGAGCUACAGAAUUUAUUAUUAUUAUUAUUACUAGAACGUAACUUAAUUAUUGAUUUAUACCUAUAUUUGUACACAUUUAUUUAUUUGUAGAUAUUUAUUUAUUUAUUUUGUAAAACCGCCUUAGUUUUAACGAACGAAGUGAUAUCGCGAUUCAUUCAUGCAUUUUGAUAUAUUCGCAAUCCGAGGAAAAGAAAUACUCUAGUCAGGGGAAAGGUUUCUCUCGCGGGCCCGAGACAGAUGGCACCAGGCCCAGGCAGCGUACCAAAGAAAAAGAUACAAUUAGAAACUAGUCUAAUGGCGCGAUAAUUAUAUAUAUAUAUAUAUAUAUAAUAUAAAGUUUAUAUUAUAUAAAAUGAUAUAUUUAUACUUAUCUAUAUAUUUCUUAUUCGCGAAUUUUAUUCUGAUUUGUAAAAGUUACGAAAACAGGAAUCCAAAGACAAGUUAUUAAAUGGUAGAACGCAAAGG